GAGGAGCUGUAAGCUCAUCAGCAACAUCUUGUGCAGCUUCUUCAAGGAUUGAUAGAUAUUCCGUUGGAAGUUUAUGAACUUUUUCAGCAAGAGAUUCAUCAAAAGCUGCCAAAUCUUCUAAAUUGAUCUCAAGGUAUCUUCGAAAGUAAGUGAAAUAUAAAGAUGAUAAAUGUACAAAUUUGUACUGGAAGAUCUUCGGAACAAAUAUUUGUUAGUAAUGAAUCGUUCUCAGUCGGCCAAAUAUGGGAGCAAUUUGAAGAAAUAAUUGGUCUAUCAAGAAAAAAUUUUUAUAUAGUUCAUAAUGGCCGAAUUAUUAAUGAAAGUGAUAUAUUCUUGGAUGGCUGUGCGACUAUUAUUCCAAAAUUAUUGGGUGGAAAAGGUGGUUUUGGUUCUAUGUUACGGGCCAUAGGUGCUCAAAUUGAAAAAACUACAAAUCGCGAGGCUUGUAGAGAUUUAAGUGGGCGUAGAUUAAGAGAUAUAAAUGAAGAGAAAAGACUUAAAGCUUGGAUUGAAAAGCAAGCAAAACGUAAAGAAGAAGCAGCAGAACGUAAAAAGAAAAAGUUAGAGAGGCUUUGUGCAGAACCAAAGCAUGAAUUUAAAGAUCAAAAUUAUGAAAAAGAGAGAUCAAUUUUGACAGAAAAAAUUGGAGAUGCAGUAGAAGAAGGUUUUAAAGUUGCUAUUGCUGGAGGUUCAAGUAUUAAAAGAAAGUGUGAAGAAGAAGUUAAAAGUAAUAAGAAGAAAACAAUAUUAGAUUUAGAUAUUGAUUCUGAUGAGCUUGAUACUUCAGAUGAUAGUGACACAGAAGAUAGUGAACCAGCAAAAUCUAAUAAAUUCGAGCAACAAAUAUCUAAUGAUAGUGGACGUUCCAGUGAUGAAACUGAAAGAGAUAAUGAUAAACUAAAUGAAACACAGGUUGUAGAUUCAAUUACUUCUGAAAAUAUGAAUGCAUGUACUGACAUUUCAAUUGAAAGUAAUGAAGAAAAAAUAGUAGACUCUAAAAAUGAAAAAGUAGAUAAAAAUAAUGAAGUUGCUAAUGAAGUUACUAAUGAUAUUUCAGUUGAAAGUAGUGAAGAAAAAGUAGUAGAUUCUAAUAAUGAAAAAGUAGAUAAAAAGAAUGAAGUUUUAAUAAUAAAUAAUAAUCUGAUAGAAAAUGUUGAAAAAAAAUGAAGUUGUAACUUCCAUGGACAUUAUAGGAGUAGAAUUUAAAUUUUUAAAAUUUACUGAAAUAGUAAAAUAAAUAAAAUUUUGCUUUCUCUUAUUUAUUUAUUGAUAGUUUAUAUUAUAUUUUUAUAGUAAUAUAAUUCAAUCCAUUAUUUUAUAUAUUAGAAAUUUGUGGUAAGUUUAUAAGUAUACUACUUAAUUAUCAUAUAAUUUGAAAUAAUUAUUUUUUAUAAUACUAAUAAGUAAAUAAAUAUAUAUAUAUACAUACAUACAUAUAUAUAUACAUACAUAUAUACAUACAUACAUACAUACAUACAUACAUACAUAUAGUAAAUAUAUAAAUAAAUUUUGUUUAUGAUCUUAGAUACAGAAUAAUUACAGAUUGUAAGACAAUUAAAUUAAUAUAAGUUAUAAACUAGUUACACAGAGUGUAUCAAUAAAAUUAUAAUUACAACGAAGAAUUGGUGAAAGUUUUGAAGUAUAUAAUUCUCUAGUAAGCUGUGUACCAAUUGCAAAUAAUGUUAUUGAUACUACUACAGACCUCAAAAAGUCAUCUGCAAGAAUAUUUUUACGUGUACUGUGAUAUAAGUCUAAUAUAUAUUUGGCACCAA